UCUCUUCGUUCUCUCUCCGAUCGUGGAAGACUUGGAGUGUACGAAAUCCAUGGCCGGUGCUAGGAACUAUCCGCGGCAGACGGUGGAGGGGGUCUUCAGAGACUUCGAAGGUCGAAGAGCUGGCAUGAUCAAGGCCUUCACUACCGAUUUCGAAGAAUUUUACGAGCAGUGUGAUCCUGAGGAGGAGAAUCUUUGCCUCUAUGGAUUUCCAAGCGAGCAGUGGAAAGUUGAUUUGCCAGAAGAGGAGGUUCCUCCAGAGCUUCCAGAACCAACAAUCGGUAUCAACUUUGCCAGAGAUGGGAUGCAUAAAAUGGACUGGUUAGCCUUGGUCGCUGUUCACGGUGAUGCAUGGUUACUUGCAGUGGCUUUUUACUUUGCUUCUAGGUUUCGAUUUGGUAAGACUGAUAGGAAGUGCCUUUUUAAUAUGAUAAACGAUCUUCCAUCGCUGUUUGAGGUUGUGACAUGCACAGCUGAGAAGAAGUCAUCAAGCUCCGAGACAAUGCAGUCAAAAUAUGAGCAUGAGGAGGAGAAGAGCGUGCAAGACAUGGAAGGUGGCGAUCCGCUGUCUUUUGAGGAGGUAUUCAGAGACUUCAAAGGUCGAAGAGCUGGCUUGCUUAAGGCCUUCACCACCGAGUUCGAAGAGUUUUAUCAGCAGUGUGACCCUGAGAAGGAGAAUGUUUGUCUUUAUGGAAUUCCAAGCGAGCAGUGGGAAGUUGAUUUGCCUGAAGAGGAAGUUCCUCCAGAGCUUCCACAUCCAGCAAUCGGUAUCAACUUUGCCAGAGAUGGGAUGCAUAAAAAGGACUGGUUAUCCUUGGUUGCUGUUCACAGUGAUGCAUGGUUGCUUGCAGUGGCUUUUAACUUUGGUGCUAGGUUUAAAUUUAAUAAGACUAAUAGGGAGCGCCUCUUUGAUGAGAUAAAUAAUCUUCCAACAUUGUUCGAGGUUGUUGAAUCAAGUAUCCAGAAAGAAGUAAAGAAGAAGUCAUCAAGCUCAGAAAAUGGCAGCAAUGAAUCUACAUCAAACCUCAAGGACGGUUCUGAGUCUCAGGGCAAGGAUGCAGAGGUAAUGCAGAUGCAAUCUAAGAAAGAGGCUGAGGACAGUGAGGAGAGUUUCGAAGAUGAGAGGAAUAUGGAGGUGCACUGUGCCGGGGGUUGUGGCCUCUUUUGUUCUUUCGUCGGAAGUAUUUGUGGUAUGUGGCAAUUGACAAUUGGCAAUGGAUAUGGUCCGUGUCCCGUAAGAAAUAUUUGA